AUGUCUGAAGGCCACGCUCUCCCCAGAGCCUCGACGCCUUCGUCCCUGCACAAGAUCAAGGCAUUGACGUUCGACGUCUUCGGCACGACGGUGAACUGGCGAGCCUCGAUCGAGUCCGCGCUGACGUCCGCGCUCGACGCCAAGAUGAACUCGGCAGGCUUCGCCACGCUGCCCGCGGAGCUCCAGGCUCGCGCUAGGAACCUCCAGACCGGUGGCGUAAGGGACAGCAUUGACAUCAUCGCGGCGUCGGCGUGGCCCUCGAGCUUUCCGACGCCGGACCUGCUACCGGACUGGCCGUGCGCCUUCGCCGCGGCCUGGAGGCGAAGCUACGGUCGCUUCACGCGGGGCUUCGAGCCCGGCAUCACGCCCUGGAAGGACAUUGACACGCACCACCGCGAGAGCCUCGAGCGUCUGCUCGAGGAGCGAGGACUAGCCGGCCUGUUCACGGACGAUGAGGUGCUGGAGUUGAGUCGGGCGUGGCAUAGGCUGGAGCCCUGGCCCGAUACCCGUCAAGGUCUCGCGCGGCUGGCGAGCCGGGGUCUGGUCACGGCCGCCUUGUCUAACGGCAACCAGUCUCUGCUGCAGGACCUCAACACCUACCACGAUGGCCUGGGGUUCGAUCGUCUCUUCUCGGCUGAGGACUUUGGUGCAUACAAGCCAAACCCAAGGACGUACUUGGGAGCUGUUGAGGGCUUGGGCCUGCGCCCGGAUGAGGUUGCCAUGGUUGCUGCCCACUUAGGCGACCUCAAGGGCGCAAAAGCCUGCGGCUUGCGUACCGUAUACCUUGAGCGCGUCCGAAGAGCGCUACGAGGAUGCCCGGCGAUGGGUUGA